AUGAAAAACAGAGCAGUAGGGAAAAGAUGGAGUCCUAUUUAUACAGUGGUUGGUUUACCGGACGGUAGUCAUUUUUGGCCAUACAGCAAACUUUUUCAUAACAACCGUGAACGAGUGCAAUGUGUCAUCAGCGGACUGGCUUGCCUCGCAUGUGCUUGGAUGGCAUUUGCAGUUUGUAAUUACAGUUUGUACACAUUCGUCAAAUACUACUAUGUGCCGUUGUUGUUCCAAGGAUACUGGCUUGUUAUUAUCACCUAUCUGCAGCACAAUGAUUUCUCCAUUGAGGUAUAUUAUUGUAAUUUCUGUGCCGCUUUUUAG